AUGAAUUGCUUAGAGAUAAACACUCAAAAGGAUUGGUAGGAAUACGUGGUUAAUAAUUAAAGACCUGUGGUGGUUAGCUUUUUUGCUGAAUGGUGUGCCCCCUGUCAAAAGCUUAAUCCUUAAUUAAUUUAGGAGGUGGAAAAGAAUCCAGAAAAAUGGUAGCUUGCUUUAGUUAAUGUGAACAACGAUGAACUUUAUGACGUAGUGCAAUAAUUUGCGAUGGCUUAAGUUCCCUCGGUUUGUCUAUUUAACAUGGGAACUCAAACAGACUCAAUGAAAGGCUAUAGCGAACGAAAGAUGAAGUCAUUUUUAGAAAAGAUUAGAGGCUGA